AUAACUUCACCACGACACAUUGCCCAAGCGCACAUUGCCAUCGAAGUUGAAGAAGGAGCAGGAAUGCGUGUGCGACGCUCGAUCGGGACUUCACAGUUGCGCAAUCUCACACCUUUUCUGAUGCUCGAUCACUUGGACAGCAGAUUAGGCAGUGCAGGUAAUGCAGGUGCGCCGGAUCAUCCUCAUCGUGGGCAGGAGACCAUAAGCUAUGUUCUCUCAGGUGGUAUUGACCACGAAGACUUCGCGGGUAACCAUGGCACUCUCGAAGCUGGGGACCUACAAUUCAUGACUGCAGGCCGUGGCAUCAUGCAUUCCGAAAUUCCACGCGUGGAUUCUGAGGACACGCCGAACAUUGGUUUGCAAUUAUGGGUAGAUCUGCCUAAGGCGCUCAAGUACUGCGAGCCAAGGUAUCGCAACCUCAAAGCUAAAGAUAUACCACACGCAGUAGCGGAUGAUGGAAAGGUUAAAUGCAAGGUUAUAAGUGGACAAGCUUUCGGAGUGGAGAGUUGGAAAGAGCUGAGCUAUACACCGGUUUGGUUUUUGCACUUCGUGCUUCUGCCAAAGGGCAAAUUCAAGCUUCCUUUACCUAAAGGAUGGAAUGCGUUCCUGUAUGUUCUAUCAGGAGAGAUCUCUGUGGAAGAUGGCGAUCAGACGCGAACAUACAAUCGCUUUACCAAUGUUGUCCUCGAAAAAGAGGGGGAUAGUGUUGGAGUCGAAGCUGUCGAAGGUGCCUCGGAUGAGGCAAGCUUUAUCAUCAUCGCGGGGAUGCCGCUCGACCAACCUGUGGUGCAAUAUGGGCCCUUCGUUGCGACCAGCAAGGCAGAAGUGAUGCAAGCAGUUGUCGACUUUCGGACCGGACAGAACGGGUUCGAGAGGGCCGUCAACUGG